GUAAUACCUAAGAGGGAAGUGGCUUCAUUUCAGUGGCUGACUUCCAGAGAGCAAUAUGGCUGGUUCCCCAACAUGCCUCACCCUCAUCUAUAUCCUUUGGCAGCUCACAGGGUCAGCAGCCUCUGGACCCAUGAAAGAGCUGGUCGGUUCCGUUGGUGGGGCCGUGACUUUCCCCCUGAAGUCCAAAGUAAAGCAAAUUGACUCUAUUGUCUGGACCUUCAACACAACCCUUCUUGUCACCAUACAGCCAGAAGGGGGCACUAUCAUAGUGACCCAAAAUCGUAAUAAGGAGAGAGUAGACUUCCCAGAUGGAGGCUACUCCCUGAAGCUCAGCAAACUGAAGAAGAAUGACUCAGGGAUCUACAAUGUGGAGAUAUACAGCUCAUCACUCCAGCAUCCCUCCACCCAGAAGUAUGUGCUGCAUGUCUACGAGCACCUGUCAAAGCCUAAAGUCACCAUGGGUCUGCAGAGCAAUAAGAAUGGCACCUGUGUGACCAAUCUGACAUGCUGCAUGGAACAUGGGGAAGAGGAUGUGAUUUAUACCUGGAAGGCCCUGGGGCAAGCAGCCAAUGAGUCCCAUAAUGGGUCCAUCCUCCCCAUCUCCUGGAGAUGGGGAGAAAGUGAUAUGACCUUCAUCUGUGUUGCCAGGAACCCUGUCAGCAGCAACUUCUCAAGCCCCAUCCUUGCCAGGAAGCUCUGUGAAGGUGCUGCUGAUGACCCAGAUUCCUCCAUGGUCCUCCUGUGUCUCCUGUUGGUGCCCCUCCUGCUCAGUCUCUUUGUACUGGGGCUAUUUCUUUGGUUUCUGAAGAGAGAGAGGCAAGAAGAGUCCAUUGAAGAGAAGAAGAGAGCGGACAUUGGUCGGGAAACUCCUAACAUAUGCCCCCAUUCUGGAGAGAACACAGAGUACGACACAAUCCCUCACACUAAUAGAACAAUCCUAAAGGAAGAUCCAGCAAAUACAGUUUAUUCCACUGUGGAAAUACCAAAAAAGAUGGAAAAUCCCCACUCACUGCUCACGAUGCCAGACACACCAAGGCUAUUUGCCUAUGAGAAUGUUAUCUAGACAGCAGUGCACUCCCCUAAGUCUCUGCUCAAAAAAAAAAAAAACAAUUCUCGGCCCAAAGAAAACAAUCAGAAGAAUUCACUGAUUUGACUAGAAACAUCAAGGAAGAAUGAAGAACGUUGACUUUUUUCCAGGAUAAACUAUCUCUGAUGCUUCUUUAGAUUUAAGAGUUCAUAAUUCCAUCCACUGCUGAGAAAUCUCCUCAAACCCAGAAGGUUUAACUACCUCAUCCCAAAAAUGGGAUUGUGAAUGUCAGCAAACCAUAAAAAAAGUGCUUAGAAGUGUUCCUAUAAAAAUGUAAAUGCAAGGUCACACAUAUUAAUGACAGCCUGUUGUAUUAAUGAUGGCUCCAGGUCAGGGUCUGGAGUUUCAUUCCAUCUCAGGGCUUGGAUGUCAGGAUUAUACCAAGAGUCUUGUUACCAGGAGGGCAAGAAGACCAAAACAGACAGACAAGUCCAGCAGAAGCAGAUACACCUGACAAAAAUGGAUGUAUUAAUUGGCUCCAUAAACUAUGUGCCCAGCACUAUGCUGAGCUUACACUAAUUGGUCAGACAUGCUGUCUGCCCUCAUGAAAUUGGCUCCAAAUGAAUGAACUACUUUCAUGAGCAGUUGUAGCAGGCCUGACCACAGAUUCCCAGAGGGCCAGGUGUGGAUCCACAGGACUUGAAGGUCAAAGUUCACAAAGAUGAAGAAUCAGGGUAGCUGACCAUGUUUGGCAGAUACUAUAAUGGAGACACAGAAGUGUGCAUGGCCCAAGGACAAGGACCUCCAGCCAGGCUUCAUUUAUGCACCUGUGCUGCAAAAGAAAAGUCUAGGUUUUAAGGCUGUGCCAGAACCCAUCCCAAUAAAGAGACCGAGUCUGAAGUCACAUUGUAAAUCUAGUGCAGGAGACUUGGAGUCAGGCGGUGAGACUGGUGGGGCACGGGGGGCGGUGGGUACUUGUAAACCUUUAAAGAUGGUUAAUUCAUUCAAUAGAUAUUUAUUAAGAACCUAUGCGGCCCGGCACGGUGGCUCACACCUGUAAUCCCGGCACUUUGGGAGGCCAAGGUGGGUGGGUCAUCUGAGGUCAGGAGUUCAAGACCAGCCUGGCCAACAUGGUGAAACCCCAUCUCUACUAAAGAUACAAAAAUUUGCUGAGCGUGGUGGCAUGCACCUGUAAUCCCAGCUACUCAGGAGGCCAAGGCAUGAGAAUCGCUUGAAGCUGGGAGGUGGAGGUUGCAGUGAGCUGAGAUGGCACCACUGCACUCCAGCCUAGGCAACGAGAGCAAAACUCCAAUACAAACAAACAAACAAACAAACACCUGUGCUAGGUCAGUCUGGCACGUAAGAUGAACAUCCCUACCAACACAGAGCUCACCAUCUCUUAUACUUAAGUGAAAAACACGGGGAAGGGGAAAGGGGAAUGGCUGCUUUUGAUAUGUUCCCUGACACAUAUCUUGAAUGGAGACCUCCCUACCAAGUGUUGAAAGUGUUGAAAAACUUAAUUACAAAUGCUUGUUUGGCAAGAAUGGGAUAGAGGAUUAUCUUCUCUCAGAAAGGCAUUGUGAAGGAAUUGAGCCAGAUCUCUCUCCCUACUGCAAAACCCUAUUGUAGUAAAAAAGUCUUCUUUACUAUCUUAAUAAAACAGAUAUUGUGAGAUUCACAUACAAAAA